CACAAGCAGAAUAAGACUUCCUCCCUCAAUUCUAGCUUGUUUUGAAAACUCUACCUAGUUUGACCAAUUUCCAUCAAUGCUAAACCCAAAGUAGCCACUGUAUUCCAGAACCAGUUAAACCCUAAAUCAGGCACACUGAAGACAGAGCAUACCAGCUAAUCUGUGUGGGUUGGCGCGGCACUGACUCGGAAUUCGAGUCUCCGGUCGCCAGAAGUUUUUGAAUUAUCAUGUGAGGAUGAUUUCUCGGCACCCAUCGCGAUCUGCAUCCGGGUCACUUUGAAAUUCAAAGACCAAAAAUCAGCAUCAAUGAGAAGUUUGGCUCCCGAUUCCUUCACUUUAUGCUGCAAGCAGCAAAACCUCAGCGGAAGCUGCGCAAGAGCGGUUCAUGAUUUCUCUUCAAUUUCAUGAGUUGACGUCCGGGUUAAUUGGCCGGUGGUGCGUGUGGGGUGUCUGGCUCGAUUAGCUCUUAGAAAGCUGGACUGCUGUUUGCUUUCGUUAAGGGCUUUCUCUCCGUGCGCGCUUGUUCAAAUUCUGAAAACCGUUUCUCCGAGCAGCUCUGUGUCUUCAUCAUAUCACAUUCCAGAGAUUGAAUUUUAGCGAAUGAAUGAUCUCCGCAAAUUCUAGACAGAUUCUGGGCUUGUGAGUCUAUCGUUUUAGACGCCGAGGAGUUUCUCGAAACGGAAGUGGAAAAAGCUUCCUGAUUUCGGACAGUAGUGCAUCGUGGCUGCUUCAACCAUAGGUUAUGGCGACAUUUGUGCGUGUUGUUCAGAGUUGAACUUGGACACCCUCCACCGUUCGCACGAAAUAGUAAUGAAGAUAGAUUUGGGAGAGACGGAGUAAUGGUCAGGGGGUUAUCCCGGCAGGCAAUGAUGGGCGCGAGGUCAUGGUCAGUAGGUCAGUUGCCUACGAUCUUCACAGGAAGCAGGAGUUGUACGAGGUCGAAAUGUUCCGAGAACAUGACCAGCCCCGAUUUGAUGUCGGGCGUACGACCACAAGGAACUUUAGCUUACGAACAAGGAGUCCAAGCUGUGGCAGAGAGGUCUCAGAGACAUGAGAGGCCAAUUACAAGGAUAUCGUGCGAUGCAUCCUUGAUUGGCGAUUCAGUUUUCAAUCGAUCCGGUCCAACUGCUGGUCUAGCUGCGCAAUCUUGGACAGCAACAGACCUUGCGAAAGGGUUGCUGGAUGUGCAAGGAUGGAAGGUUCUGAGGAAUGAGACUGGAGAACAAGUUGGGAUUGUGGAUGAAAUUAUACACAUCGGACCAUCAGGCAGUGAUGAGAUAUUCGAAUCUGUUCUGAAGCUGGUUCAAGUUUCUCCACCUGAAGCCAAACCUCGGUACUUGUCAAACGAAGCGGAUGACAGUGAUGACGUGGAAGGUCUGGAGUUUUUAGUACCUCUUGUUGAAGACAUCGUGAAGGGCGUGGAUAUCAAUUUGAAGUGUCUCUUCAUCACUCCUCCAGCGGGACUUUUGGAGCUUGCACGGAUCCCUGAAAUACUGAAAAGAUUGAAGCCCCAACUUUUGGAUUUCUGCCAGCACCAAAACGCUGGGAUCUUGAGCUGCCUCGACAGUGUAGAAGCUCAACAAAGCACGAGGUUUUCUGAAGAUGCCAAGCAAUUAGUAGCAUGGAGCAGGAGCAUUCAGCCACAUAAUCGAGACGUCUUCAUGCCGACUAGGAGACAGCUUCUAUCGGCGGGAAGACAAGACCUAGUGGAGGAAAUAAUGGCUGCUGGAGGCUUCUUAUCUGUUGCUCAGGCUUUGGGACUUCGAUCACGACGACGGCCUGUUGGAUUCUGGGAGGACUUGAGGAAUUUGGAUGCCGAAAUUGAAUGGUUUGUAUCAGGAUGCUGGGUCAUCCAACAAUCACCAGAAACUGGGGAGGAUAUAUAUUACAACCACGCAACAAGUCAGUACUCUAGCAAAGAACCCUCUCCCGGGAACGUCUCAGACCCAGUGCCCGUAAGUGAGGACGAAUUUGAUGUUGGUACAGCUGUCAUGCCUCGACAACAGCAAGUACUCGAAGCGGGACGAUAUGAUUUGCACCAUGCGAUUCUUCUGCAUGGAGGCUAUAAGUUGGUUGCUCAAGAACUUGGACGGCAACCAGUGACACGAGAUACCACAACGAAACUUGUCUCUAAACUGAGAAGUUUUAUGGAAGAGAACUCACUUUCAAGAUUUCCUUCAUUCGACGAGUUACGUGCUUUUGCCCGCUAUGAUCUCGUGUACUCUUUAAGAAAGCAUGGGGGCAUCAAUUCUGUGGCUCAAAUGAUGGAAAUUCGACCAAAAAGAUAUGGGAAGGGCCAGUGGUACAGCUUGGAUUGUGCGGCAGCUGCGCUUAGAUCUUACAUAUGUGACAAACUAAUUUCGACAAGAGGCCUCUCUGGAAGUUCCAUGGACCGCUUUGAUCUUGAAGACAUGGUCUGGAAUGAUGCUGCCGAAGCUCGUACCUUGGAAAUUCCUACACAGGCAAGCGUUUUGAAGGAUGGAAGGAGUGAUCUCCGUUACUUAUUGCAGAAAUUCGGAAGAAAGCAUCUGGCGGAGUAUCUUGAUAUUAACUACGUUGAUAGCCGGAGGAGAAGAGGAAAGAAGCUUGAUGCGCGAGCACCUAAACACUUUGUACCAUUCUAAGUAUCAUAGCUUUCGCCGACAUCAAUGCGUUUGUAGCUAGCAGAGGAGCCUGCUCGUACACCUUCAUGUCCAGAACGAAAGAUUACUACAUGCAGAUAUAACCUUCGAUCAGGUAGUGGCGCACCAGGUCCAGAUUUCCCCGUUGCUUAACCAACCUGAUGAAAAGCUUGUUUGGUCUCAUAAAUGUCUUAUCACUUUGCGAAAGCUGAAGCAAGAGUUGACGCUCGUCGAUUGGCAAAUCCAGCGCUUUCAUCCUAUAACUAGAAUGUCGUCUGUUAAAGAUUCCACUUUUCUCAGAAUUGUGGUUACAUCAUUGAGUCUCACAACACGUGCUGUCUUUGACCUAGAAUAAUUCAAAGUUUGAGGAAAAACUUUUUCUUUCGAAAAACUUUUUUUUCUUGGCAGAUGAGACGGCGAGAAAAGUACGCAUCACUGAAGCGCAGGUUGUCAUGGAAUAUUUUUUAGGUUUAUUCCAGGAGUGGCUCAUCUACUAAAUUAGGCGUCAUGCCUCACGACAAGUUCUUCAGCACUUCCUUCACAAAACAGAUAAAUUAAUUCCAAGAGAGCUUUCCACACAAUAACCCGCAGAUCGUUCAAGGUGUUUCAUCCACCAGUUCAGAGCUUCGCGAGCCGAAUUUUGGCGGGUUUUAAAGUUAUCACCACUUCCACUGUUACUCAAUAUCAGAUAGAAUUUUCUUACCAUUAGAUGCUUCCACUCUACGUAUCAUAAUUCUUUGGUAUGCGACAAGCUUUUGGUAUCCUUACCUGCUUUUAGCUUCGCAGUAGUGUUUAUAAACGAUAUAACAUUUUCUUGGAGAUGAAACUAGCAUACUAAACAAUGGACAUGAUCGAUGAGUUUCUAAGUCAAAUCAAACUUGAACUUGCACCU